AUGUCUUUUUCAAGCCUCUCAUUUGGUGAGAGACCUGGAAAUCCAUUUCGUUUAGAUGAUCCGUGCAAUGUUUUUGGAUCAAAAGAAGCAGAUGAAAUUAGAGUUAAAGCAAAAAGAGAAAUGUUACAAAAUUUAACGUUAAAAGAACGCGCUGAAAGAAUGACAUCGCCAAUUCCAACAUGCCAUAACUCACAAACACGUACUAGAGUUCCUUCUCAAAUUGGAUCUCCGACUGGAAUUAAAACUUCUCAUAAACACGAAUCAGCAAAAAGAAUGUCCGAGUUUAUCCAACAAAAGCGUGAAGCAUAUCUUAUGCAGUUAAUUAUCGAUUCGAAAAAUGAAGAAAUCCGAAAAAUUUAUCAAACAAUGUCUACAUCAGAGAAAGAAUACGAUGAAACAGAAGCAACUCAAACAGAUUUAGCUACAAAAUAUAAAUUAAUUUCAUCACAAAGUGAAAAUAUGGUUGCGAGACAAAGAAAAAAUACAGAAUACGCAAACUCACAUAGAGUUGAACUCACGAAGAAGUUGAAGCAUAAACAACACGAUAUCUCGGCUAUCCAAUCAGAAAUUUCUAAAAACGAAGAAUUACUUGAACAAUAUCAAUUAUACAACGAUUUCUUAAAUGACUUUAAACCAAAAGAUCGACCAAUCGAAUACUAUUACGACGACACAUCUAAGCUUAUGGAUGAAAUUGACAAAUACGAGAAACAAAACUUAUUUUUGAUUGAUCAAUAUCAAAACCUCCAAAACCAACUGGAUAAAGACAAUGCAAACUAUGCUGCAUCAAUAAGAGAUGUAUCACAGGCAGUUGAUAUUCUUGAAUCUCAAAUUGAUCGAAGUAAUCCAUUAAUUGAUUUCCAGAAAUCAGAACAGAACCUUCAAAACCAACUUGGAACUAUCGACUCCGAAAUCAACAGACUAAGCAACUUAGUUCGGAACAUGUAUCUCCGUCUAUACCGCGAAGAUCCAAAACUUAAUGCUAUGCACAUGCUCCAGAAGGUUGAUUCUGAUCUGGAACUUAUGUACAGCCAAUCAGAAGACUUGAAUCGGAAAUAUUACAAUGAUAAACAAGCACAACUGGAGAAGAAACGACGUGAUCAACAACGAAUAGAGCAGCAAAAGGAGAUUCAGCGUCAAGCACAAGAGAAGAAAGAAGCUGCACUUGCAAGAGCAAAUCGAACAGUCCAAAAGAGGAUGGGUAAACCACUUAUGUAUCGAACAACACUUAAGAAAGUUGUUAAGAAUGAUGACGCUAAACGACGUCGUCAAGAAGCCGAACAACGACGAAUUGAUCAACUUCUUUUUGGCGAAGAUUUCGAUUGA